CAAAAAUAUAAGAAAAUAUAUCUACAUAUAUAAUGGCAUGAUAGCAAAAAUAUCAUGACACGACAAAGCUCUCGUCUUCUUCUGUGGCUAACUGUUCUCCCUGAAUCGUAACUGGUUCAGAAAUUUGGUGGGAGAUCUGAUGUUUGCGCCAACUAAACCUCUUUACUCAAAAGAUCAAGAUGGCCCUUGAAAAUAGAGAAACAAUGCAGAAGGGCCUUGAAGAAUCCCUUGGAUGCUUUCAAUCUAAAAGCAUUUUGUAUGGCCCUUCUUGUCCAACGAACUUCAGUGGACAGACCCUAAAUUUCAAGUAUAAUAAUGGUGUAAACCAAAAAAAUAUCGACUCUGAAAGUGAUGGAGCAUUAAGCUGUGAUAAGUCGAGAGUUCCAAUCGAAUGUGGUGGCAGACCUGUGCGGCAAGAAAAUUUUUACGUCUGGUCUGCAAUAACCCCCUAUUUUCUGAAGGAUGUGCAUAGUCAAUCCCAUCUGCUUGAUGGGUGCUUUUAUCCGGCGAACCCUGGGCAUUACCUUCAUACUCAAUGGCUACCCCAGUUUCCUGUGCAGAUGGUUGUUCCGAGCUAUUCACCUGACUAUGUUCUUCAAGAUUUUCAGUAUUUUGUGGUCAUUGACUUCGAGGCUACUUGUGACAAAGAAAAGAAUCCUCAUCCACAGGAAAUAAUCGAGUUUCCGUCUGUGCUUGUAAACAGUAGGACUGGGCUAAUCGAGGACUGUUUUCAGAUCUAUGUUCGGCCUACUCAUAAUCAGCUGCUCACUGAAUUUUGCAAAGAACUUACUGGCAUUCAGCAGUCUCAGGUGGACAAAGGCGUUCUUUUGAGUGAAGCGUUGCUUAUGCAUGACAAAUGGCUUGAAGAAAAGGGCAUUAAGCACACAAAUUUUGCUGUAGUAACAUGGACAAACUGGGAUUGCCGCGUAAUGUUGGAAUCUGAAUGCCGAUUCAAGAAGAUCAGGAAGCCGACCUAUUUCAAUAGUUGGAUCAAUUUGAAGACCCCGUUCAACAAACUAUUCGGAUAUGCUAGACGUAACUUGAAAGAAGCAGUGCAACUAGCGGGGCUCAGUUGGGAGGGUCGUGCCCAUUGUGGAUUAGACGACGCCAAAAACACUGCUCGUCUGAUGUCUCGCCUUAUGCACCUUGGAUUCAAAUUCUCGAUAACAAGUUCUCUCGAGUGGGAUUGUUCUGAUCAUUCAAGUCCCGUACAUCACCAGAAGCCGAUCCCUACUCCCGAAAAGUCGAAGACUUUACCUUUCUUCGGUUUGAUUCCUUUCCAACCGCUCCAAGCUUCCAAUGUUACAAAAGAGCCUCGUGUUUACUGCUUCUGCCGGGCUUUAAGUAUGAAGUGGGUGUACCAAAAACCAGGACCCAAACAUGGUUGUUUCUUCUUCGGGUGUGGAAACUGGACGGCUAACAGAGGACCCGCCUGUUCUUUUUUCAGGUGGGUUUCGGCUGCUGAUUCUGCAAAACCUUCCUAGAAAAACGUAUGCUGAUUCUGAGAUCGUGUGCAACGUGCUAGUAAGAGCAAAAAAACUUCAAGUCUCGUGUUUGUUAGGUUCUGUUUUAACGCCUUCGUUAGUAAGGGACAAUGAGUUAAUACAGGACUGUGUAUUUAGUUCUUCAUGCAAAUGGACAAUGAGUUGAAACCCCGACCUGAUCUGUAGCAGGUCGGGUCAACCUGCUAAAUACCCAUUUAACCUGCUUUUUUUUUUUUUUUUUUUAUUCGGUUUUUUCAGGUCGUUGAACCCAUAUAUUUCACUUCAUUUGACCCA